CGCUGCCACUCGCUCGCCAUGGAUACUCCUAGAGUCCUGCUGUCGGCCGUCUUCCUCAUCAGUUUCCUGUGGGAUUUGCCCGGUUUCCAGCAGGCUUCCAUCUCCUCCUCCUCGUCGUCCGCGGAGCUGGGCUCUGCCAAGGGAAUGCGAAGUCGCAAGGAAGGGAAGAUGCCGCGGGCGCCACGAGACAGUACCACGGCCCGGGCGCCCCUGGAGCGCCACGAGCCAGGACCGCGGCCACAGGAUGAGCCCCGGCGGCGGCCGCCGCAGCAGCCCCAAGCGCAGGAGCUUCCCGGCAGGGGCCCGCGCGUGGUGCCCCACGAGUACAUGCUGUCAAUUUACAGGACUUACUCCAUCGCCGAGAAGCUGGGCAUCAAUGCCAGCUUUUUCCAGUCUUCCAAGUCGGCUAAUACGAUCACUAGCUUUGUAGACAGGGGACUAGGACAGUCCAUUAGCGCUGCUGGGGGCCGAGGGUUGGGUCGGUGUGGCGUGAGCCGCUGCAGGCGCCCGGCCGCACUGUCCAGCUUUCCAGAAGAUGCGCGCGCCGCGCCGCCCGCGGCCCGGGGGUCUGGGGGCGGAGUUCGGCUUAGGGACGCGGUAGUGGGCGUGCUGGAGAGGAGAAGGGCGGGCUUCUGGCCCAGUCGGAAGCGGUUUAGCUGA